AUGUCGGCCUCCAGCACCCUGAAAAAGGCAUUCCCUCAGGUGGACGCCGAGGGCCACAACCUGCCUCCGUCCCCUGCCCCUUCGAGUCCUCAUGGAAGCAGACGAUACAACAUUGCGACGGAGCUUGUUUAUACCGAAAGCAAUGACCAAUACAAUGCCAGCAGUGUCCCGAUUUACCAGAGUGCUACAUUCAAGCAGACGUCGUACGGAGGAGGCGGCGAGUAUGAUUACACCCGGUCCGGCAACCCCACUAGAACACACCUCGAACGACAUCUAGCCAAGAUCAUGUCCGCUCAGCGAGCUCUCGUCGUAUCCUCUGGAAUGGCAGCGUUGGAUGUCAUCACCCGUCUCCUCAAGCCUGGCGAUGAGGUAGUGACUGGUGACGAUCUGUACGGCGGCACCAACCGGCUUCUCAAGUAUCUUUCGACCAACGGCGGCAUUAUCGUGCACCACGUCGACACCACACACCCGGACGCAGUCAAGGAAGUCAUCAAUGAUAAGACCGCAAUGGUACUACUAGAAACCCCGACCAACCCCCUCAUCAAGAUCGUCGAUAUCCCGACAAUCGCAACCGCCGCCCACGAAGCGAACCCCAAUGCUCUAGUGUGCGUCGACAACACCAUGAUGUCUCCUCUCCUGCUCAAUCCCCUCGAACUCGGCGCCGACAUUGUCUAUGAGAGCGGAACAAAGUACCUCUCUGGCCACCACGAUGUCAUGGCUGGUGUUAUCGCAGUCAACGACCUUGCCCUCGGCGAGCGCCUCUACUUCCCCAUUAAUGCUUCUGGCUGCGGCCUAUCGCCAUUUGACUCAUGGCUGCUUAUGCGCGGUGUCAAGACACUCAAGGUCCGCAUGGACCAGCAGCAAUCCAACGCACAGCGCAUCGCCGAGUUCCUAGAAUCACACGGCUUCAAGGUGCGCUAUCCCGGUUUGAAGUCGCACCCCCAGUACGAGCUACACCACUCGAUGGCCCGGGGCGCCGGAGCAGUCCUCUCGUUUGAGACUGGCGAUGUAGCUGUGAGCGAGCGAAUUGUUGAGAAUGCAAAGCUGUGGGCUAUCAGUGUGAGCUUUGGCUGCGUCAACAGCUUGAUCAGUUUGCCGUGCCGGAUGAGCCACGCUAGUAUUGAUGCGAAGACACGAAAGGAGCGCGCGAUGCCAGAGGAUCUGAUUCGGUUGUGUGUGGGUAUUGAGGACGUGGAUGAUCUUAUUGAUGAUCUGAGGCGAGCGCUUGUGCAAGCGGGCGCUGUAAAUGUCACGCUCGAUGGUAUCGAGGCGAACACGCCGCACAUCGCGUCGUCAUAG